AUGGAGAAAGGAAGGCGCUUCUUUCCCUUUCUUCCCGAUUCGCUCAAAUCUUUUCGUAAUGAACCCAGAUCUCCAACGGUUAUACGAUUUAUAUGUAAGGCUUACAUGAAGUACGGACCUACAAUCACACCUCGAUGAUACUUUCAAUACCGUGUUGGAGCUCUUAAACGUCGACUGUGGACCUUUUGAAAUACUCAGCAAUCAGUAACAGUAAUCAGUAUGCAGGUUUGUAUUUGUUUGUGAUCUACAAUCCUUAGCUAUAGUAAAAAAAAAAAAGCGGGCGAAGAAUCGAUUGUUUUUCUAGUUGGCGAUGUUGAAAAGAGCAAUUGAUUCAGUCGCAAAACACAAUCCACAGGGUAGUUAAAUUAUUUUAUCAAUUAUUCCUUUCGCGCUUGUUGAGAUGGUAGGUAGCCAACGAGGCGCGUUGUGGCGAGUAAGCAAUCCAUGUAAGAUCAAACAAAUGUGAUUAAAAUAAUUCUUUUCGUAAAAAACUCUAUGAACAGGCCGCAAUAUAAACCAUCUUUAUGAAGAGACACCGAAAGAGUCAAAGGACUGGCCGUCGAUAAAACCCGGAACACGGAACAUUCCGGAACAUCCCGGAACAUCCCGGAACAUGAAAAAAUAAAAAUAAUUUUCAUGAAAAAAAAUAUAAUAAAAUAAUGAUAAUAAAAUAAUUUUUGUAAAAAUUAAUAUUAACGUAAAAUAACAAAAGAAAAACGAAAAAUAAUCAAUUAAUCAAGAAAAAGAAACUGAUAUCCUCUGUGAGUAUGAGAAAACAAUAUUUUGUCGCAACAAAUUAAAAUUUGUUGGGCGAGUGAGGGUUCAUGCAAAUGACAGUAACGAGUAAAGGCUUGCUUCUAAAUUCAAAAUAUAUUAAAAUGGGUCGCGAGGAGGGGGGUUUUUUAAGCUUUCCUCACACAGUUACCUCUUGUAAUUGUUUGCCGUGAGUUAAUUAUUUGGUGGUUAUCCAUUUACGGUUCUGCAAUGGUCUGAAAUGUCGGUGCAGUAUUUCAUGUCAAGCCAAGUCGGUAAGUAGCUCAUUUCAAGCCAACAUAUAGUCUCCUUAUUUAUAACCGACAUUUGCUUACUUGAGGUGCUUUGCUUUCUUUGAACAUGAAUUACUUACAGACUAGGUGGCUCUGUGAACUUAAGAAGAGUAUAGGGGCUCCUGUCUUUGGAUUUUAGUCGACAAUACUCACAUUCGUAGUAGUUUCUAUACUGUUUACAGUCAGCAUGAUAUUUCAGACGUCUCCUCUAGUCGCAGGAGGAGUUUGCGGGGAGACGGCUAAAAUUCAGGCUAACUGAUAACAGUUAGAAACUACCGCUUCGCUACCACUGCCACUGCAACUAUUCACGGUGAAUCUGAAUCUUUAAUUUAAUUAUCCAAGUCCAAAGCGACAAGCCCCUAAGCUCUUCUUUUGGUCACAAAGCCGUAAAUGGAUAACCCUUAAACCACAUGGCAAACCUUUACAAGAGGUGGCUGUGUGACAAAAGCCUGAAAACCCUCUCCUCGCGACCCAUUUUAAUAUAUUUUGAAUUAAGAAGCAAGCCUUCACUCAUUAGGGUGACCAGGGUGAGUAGGAUGACUGGGGACUGUCAUUUGAAUGGACCCUUACUCGCCCACUGCAAAAAAUUCAUUGCAACAAAAUAUUGUUUUCUCAUACUCGGAGAUGAUACCAGUUUCUUUUUCUUUCUUUCUUGGUUUGUUUCUUUAUUUUUCGUUUUUAUGUUAUGUUAUGUUAUUUAUUUUGUUAUUAUAAAUUUUUGCAAAAAUUGUUUUCUAUCUAUUGUUCCUUUUAUUAUUUAUUAUUAUUAUUAUUAUUAUUAUUAUUUAGUUAAUUAAUCAUUUUUUCAUAAAAAAAUAUUUUAAUUUUUUCAUGUUCCGGGAUGUUCCGGGAUGUUCUGAAAUGUUCCGGAAUGUUCCGAGAUGUUCCAUGUUCCGGGUUUUAUCGACGGCCCAAAGGACUUCCGCUUUUCACAUGCCACAAUAAUUAACAUUCGAACACAAGCAAAGGUCGGUGACAAAUCGUGUGUACUGGAGAAUUUUCCUGAAAAUCUUUGUCUCCAGAAUUUUGUCGCUGCUGCAACAAGUCGCAAAAAAUCAAAUCAGACUUAAUUUGUCGGAAUUUAUCGCCCAAAACAUUUCUAAAUCGCCAAAACGGCCGCAAAAAGGAGCCACUUAUUUAUCCCCUGCCACUCAACAUGACGGCGACAUCACAGGUAAAUUCUAAUGCUAAAUGGGCUAUUUUACAGUUAUGGUUGGAAGCGAGGCUGACGGUGAUCUUGUUUUGAUUCAAACUUUCCUGCUUUGUUAUAUAUAUUAAGUUAUUCUCAUGCUAACUAAAAUUUUUCAAGGACAACUUGAAACAAGUGUAUCAAAACAAGGUCACUGUCAGCCUCACAUUCACUCGAUGGCUAGGGUACUAAGUCCACAACUGUUGAAUUGUCUAUUGUAGUCUGUAAACGACAAUACUCAAAUGAUUGACAGCUUGUCAAUGAAUAAAGUUCGUAUUCAACUAUUUCUACUUUACCUGCAUCUGAAGAAAAUGGCAAGACAGCUGUCGCAUGUUUCUGACAGGAUUUUAGUUACCUUAGGCUUUUUGUUUUGAGGGGAAGCUAUGGAUUGAUUCAUCUUGAACUUCUUAACACUCGUUUGGUUGUGAUAGUCCCGGCUGAACAAUUCCUUAACUUCUUUGUCCAUAUUUAACAGCGGCAGAGCGAAAUCAAAAGUUGGCUGGGGGAGGGGGGGGGGGCUGAAAAUAAAAUUGGACAUUCAAUUUUUUAGGGGUUCCCCACAAUAAGAAGUGGGGGGCCGCCCCCCCCCCCCCAAUCCUCCGCUUCCGCUGCCUAUGACAUUGUAGUUUGUUUCAUUUCGUUUCGUGUCAAUUUAACUAUGACUUUUAAAAAAAUCUGAUUGAUAGUUAAAACUCAGAUUUUACAGUGUUGUUUACAAAGUUGUUACUGAAAAUUUCGGAGUGCCUGUCACUAUCCGCUAUAUUUUAGGUGGGAAAAAGUGGAGGCCGCAAGCAUCGCCGGGAUUUUUCCGUGAAAUACCACUCGUUACAUAACGCAGAAUAUGCAACGGGUUUUUAGUUUCUAGAAAUAUUCCGUUAAUGGCCUAAUAAACGCCUUGGGCGUCUAUAUAAUUUAAGGGGUCCAAGUGGGGCGUUUAAUAGAUAGGAGACGUUUAAAAGAGAGAGGCGUUUAUUCUCAUAAUUAUAAGAAGCUCAAGAAAACUUAUAUGCUUUAGCCAAACACAUCUGGAGAGUUUAAAAAUAGCGGAUUACCCUCUCCAUCAAUUGAUACGUCUAGGCUGUCUGACCUGUGUAGAGAUCCAACAUCGAUGUCAGAAUCCUUGCUCAGGGUUAUUGUCUUGCCAUCCUAUUUUAUCCUUACUUAGAACUUGACAUUAAGCAAGAUGAAAUAAUACGCAAAGUCUUGUUGAACAAGCAAGAAACUGAAUGAGCUGAAUGAGUUUGCUCCGUUUUGCUAAUUUCCAGUAUUUUGCAGUAAUUCUCAAAGGGGACGUUUAUUAGAGAGGGGCUUCUAAUACAAUUUUAACAACGUAGAGGGGGCGUCUAUUAGAUAACAGGCGUUUAUUAGGUAAUUUAUGGUAUAUGAGCCAUCCGACGGUCCACGCGCCGUUCGCGGGACGAGAUUAUAAACCUCUUUUCGCGGGGAUUAUUAUUAUUAUUAUUAUUAUGAUUAUGAUUAUUAUUAUGAUUAUUAUUAUUAUUAUUUUUUUUUAACUUUUUGAUGCUUUUUAUAAUUGUUAUUAGUAGUCUUUAGAUAGUCAUUUUACGACAAGUCUUUUUCGUACACAAGAAGAAUGUACAUAGGGUAUAUAUUUUAAUAUUUCAUAUUCUUGAAUCUGUAAAUACUCUAUUUUUUUUAAAUCUAUGAAUAAAGUUUUGUAUUAAAAUUAAUGAUAAUAAUAAUUAUUAUUAUUUUUCAAUCGAAAUUAAGUGUCUUCUUUUAAUCGAAAGGAAUAAUGUAAAUAGUGCUUGGACGGAAUAGUUUUUUAAGUGAAAUUAAUUGUAAAUAGGAUUUUAUAGUUAGCUUUGUUAUCAAUAAAAGAUUUGGAUUUAUUAUUAUUAUUAUUAUUAUUAUUUUGUAAUUUGUGAUGGUUGACGACGAAGCUGUCUCGGGAGCGUUAUCAAACCGAAAAACUUUUUUAUUUGAGAACGGUCCUGUUGAGCGAGGGUAACCCGCUUAGGCCUGUUUCAAACGUCGUGCUACUGCCGUGCUAAGCUGGCUCGACUGCAGCACGACUUGGUUUCAGACGUCGAAUUUAAUUCAGUCGAAUAGAACGGGUGUUGCCGAAAACAAAACACACACACAAAAAAGAAACGGUUUAGCAAACUUUUAAAUAUAUUCUAAUAUAUUUAUAAUUUAUGAAUUGAGUUCGACUUUUGAAACCAAGUCGAGCUACUGCCGUGCUAAAGUCGAAUUUAAUUCGAUCAACUGAGUUCGGCACGGCAGUAGCACGACGUUUGAAACGGGCCAUAUGACUCCGUCACUUACGAUCUUUGUCACGUAGAAAACCGUUUUUUCGCCCACGGAGGGAACUGCCUAACUAGUAAGAGCAUUCACUUUUUCUUUCUUUCUCUCUCAACAGAAGAACGAUAAACCCCAUGUCAUCAGUAUUGGUUUAAUCGUUUCAGAGUUUCUUUUUGCCACCCGUCGUUAUUCCAAGGCUAUUGACGUAUACGAAGAGUGUCUUUCCACCAUAGAGAGAGAAAGCCGCGUCAGUGGCAACGAUGAGCAGUCUGCUUUCAUGUUUGCCAAUCAAGCACAGAGCAUUUAUUCUACAGGGCAUAGAUUCAUCACUUCUCUUUUAAAUAUUGGCCACGUGAAUGAAGCAACAGAACUGAGCGAAAAAGCUCUGAAAGCAGUCGAAAAAACCGAAAACCGCUAUGGUCAAGCGAUAUUUUAUAUUUCUCUUAGCUGCGUACAAAAGUUCCGUUGUCAGUUAUCAAAUUCACAGAAUUCUUGCGAGAAAGCAAGAAAGAUAAUGAAGGAGAUAGACUGUAAACCUGGUGAGGCGGCGGCCCUCAGACACCUUGGUGAUGUGUAUGCGGAACUGAGUCUGUACGAUAAGUCAUUGAAGUGCAAUCAAAAAGCCCAAAAAAUAUUUCGAGACUUCUCCCUCAGAAUUGGAGAAAUCGGGUGUUUAUUUGGCAUAGGUGCUGUAUAUCGAGAUCGUGGGCAUUACAAGGAAGCUUACAGUUGUUUUGAGGAAAGUCUUGCAAUCAGCAAGGAAUUGGGAAACGAGGAAUACAUUGGAAAAUCACACCUCAUUAUCGCAGGUGCGUGCAUUGCUCUGGAAAAGUAUCAGUUGUCGAUCGAACAUGCUGAGAAAAGCCUUUCAAUUGGUGGAAAUUAUCGAGAGCAAAGAUCAUGUCUUGAUUCCAUUGGUCAGGCAUACAGAUGUCAAGGCAAAUAUGAAGAAUCCCUCAAGUUUCAUAAUAAAGCUCUAAAGAUUGCCGAAAACAUUAACGAUAAAAUAGGGGAAGCAAAAUGUUACAAGAGCCUUGGAGAGAUCCAUCACUUUCGAUGCGCUUACAACACCUCGAUUGACUACUAUGAGAAAGGCCUCAAGAUCAGUCAAGAAAGUGGAAUGCGUCGAUAUGAAGGAAUAUUUUGCGGCAACCUGGGAAGUGCACAUUACAUGAUGGGGCGAUACGACAAAUCCAUCGCAUGCUAUGAGUGGAGUCUGAAAAUCAGCAAGGAACUUAAAGAUAGACAAGGAGAGGAAGCAGCUCACUGUAAUCUCGGAUGUGUGUACUUUGCCUUGGGUAAAUAUAGCGAAUCUCUGAACUAUUUACAGAACGGUUUGUCCAUUUGUCGAGAAACAUGUAGUGGACAAGGAGAAGGGACAUACAUGAGGAACAUUGGUUGCCUAUACCAUGCACUUGGUCAGUAUGACAAAGCGAUAGAGCAUUUUGAGAAUGGGCUUAAGAUCAGCGUCAAAACACAAGACAAGGAUGGAGAAGGGACAUGUCAUGACGGUCUUGGCAGAUCGUAUCGCAUGAUGGGACAGUUAAGCAAAUCAAUGAAACAUCAUCGCAAAAGCCUUCAAAUAGCUGAAUCAAUUGGAGAUAAAAAUGGGAAAGCGGCAUCUCUCAGCCAUCUUGGACUUCUGUACACUGCAGAUGGUCAGUAUGAGGAAGCAGUCAGAAAGCACGAAAAAAGUCUUGAGAUCUGUCAGGAAAUUGGAAACAAAAUGGGUGAAGGAGCAUGCUUGUUUAACCUCGGAGUCGUAUAUGCUCUUCUCGGACAGUGGGAUAAAUCCUACAGUUAUCAGCAUAAAGGACUGAGCGUUUUCAAGCAACUGCAAGCUCGAGAAUUUCAGCGUAGUGCAAUGCACAGCCUGGGUUUUUGUAAUGCGUUGCAGGGAAAUUUUCAUGCGGCAAACUUCUUCACAAUGAGUGCCAUUCGGGUACAAGAAGAAUUACGAGAAUACCUUUCAGAUGAACACAAACUGUCACUAGACGAUUUAGACGUUUCUAAGGUCCUUUACAAGACCUUGGUACUAAUUAUGAUUCUCCAGGGGGAUGCUACUACCGCACUGUUAAUUGCAGAAGAAGGGAGGGCUCGUGCACUAGCGGAUUUGAUGUCUAUUCAAUAUGCAAUCCCCAACGUAUUUAAUAUGACGAGACAAUCGACUGUCAGGGAUUUGACCAACUUUUUCCUUCAGGAAAGUAAGAACUUUCUCUUCAUGGUCUUUCUAGACGAGCUAAGUUGCUGGUUCGUAGACAAGGAGGCACAAGUAACAUUCAGGAAAGCUCCUCAGAAUGACCUUUGUAUUGAGUCAAGAGCAGAAAGAAGUAGAGAGUUUACGUUCGAUCUUCAAAAGCUGUACAAGGCCAUCGUCACUCCCUUUUCUGAUCUGAUUGAUGAAGGUUCGGAGAUCAUUAUUGUUCCUGAAGGCUGGUUGUUCCUGGUACCGUUUGCAGCUCUGAAGGACGAAAAUGGAACUUACCUGUCAGAAACUGUGAGAAUCCGCCUCAUUCCCUCCAUAGCAACCCUCAAGCUCAUUCAUGAUUCUCCAAUGGAUUAUCACUGCAACACUGGAGCGCUAAUUGUAGGGGAUCCGAAGGUUGGUCUCGUGGAGAUAAAUGGAAAUGUUGAGGAACUUCCUCCACUGCCGAGUGCUAGAGAAGAGGUAGGCGUAAUUUCAAGGCUGUUGGGAGUGGAGUGCCUAGUAGGGGAGCAAGCCACAAAGGAAGAGGUGCUGCGUAGGAUCCGGGAGGUAUGUUUGGUUCACAUUGCUGCCCAUGGUAAUGCAGAGAAAGGGGAGAUUGCUCUUGCCCCCAAAAGGUCUGUCACCGGAAUGCCCAAAAAAGAAGAUUUCAUGCUGACAAUAAAGGAAAUAGCUCAAGCUAGCAUUAGGGCCAAACUAGUGGUACUAAGCUGCUGUCACAGUGCUCGUGGAACAAUUCUGACAGCGGAAGGUGUUGUCGGAAUUGCUCGUGCUUUUCUCGGGUCUGGGGCCCGCUCCGUUCUCAUUUCCCUGUCAGAGAUUGAUGACAGUGCCACUAAGACGUUUAUGGAGUCCUUUUAUAAGUGCCUGGUUCAUAAAAAAAUGAGCGCCAGUGAGGCUCUUCAUCGGACCCAAAACGAUAUGAGAACGACCCUAGGAUUCAAGGACGAAAAGGACUGGGCAUCAUUUGUUCUGCAUGGAGAUGAUAUAACGUUGGACAUAGAUGAAAUUGUAAGU